AUGGACAACUUCCACUAUGAUUUGACUGCCGAGCAGCUGCAAAGCUUCCAGGAGUCCGGCUAUCUUCUGGUGCGGGGCUUCUUCAGCCCGCAGGAGACCAAGCUGCUCCAGCAAUGGGCACAGGAGGUGCAUGACCUGCCGCGGACCCCCGAUGUGCCAUGGAUGCCCUAUGAGGAGGUCAAUGGUCAUGGCCAACGGGUGCUGUGCCGCACCGAGAACUUCGCGAACUCCCAUCCUGGCUUCAACAGCUUCCUGCGGGGAGAACGGGCCACCAGCACUCUGAAGCAGCUCGCCGGUGAGGAGAUGUUCCUUUUCAAGGAGAAGAUCAACUAUAAGCUAGCUGGAAGUGGUGGCUUUGAACCUCAUAUCGACGCCAAUGCCUACACACACGUCAAGAACAUCAAGCACUUGACCAUUCUUGCCGCUGUGGAUGACAUGAAUGCAGCCAACGGUGGCCUGGAUGUAGUUAACGGCAGCCAUCGCAUGGAGGUUCCUCUGGGUAGCGAUCGCUGCAUUGAACACACUUGGGUGGACAGCCAAACGUGGACACCCUGCGAUCUGCAACCGGGUGAUAUAUUGAUCUUCGGCUCUUACUUGGCCCACCGCAGUGGUGCCAACACUAGUCCGAAGGACCGACGCGCCAUCUACGCCACUUACAACUGCGCCACAGAGGGCAAUUUGCAUGACCAGUACUAUGCGGACCGCCAGAAGCUCUGGCCCGCUACCCACAUGCGGAAGGAGGGCGAGGAAUACAAGGAAGGACGGGAACGUUAUGCCUAUGGAUCGCCCAUGCUGACUGUGGAAGAAAGCGCAAACAUGGGUUCUGCAGCUUAG